UCUGAAGUCUUGGGACAAUCUGCAGGCAUUCAAACGCUGCUGCAGAUCUGUCGAAAGAGGGUGAAGAGCAGACGGCAGGAAAAAAAGAAAAGGCAUUCAAAUGAAGAGAGAAAAGUUCAGACAGGCAACAGAAACAGCUAAAAGAAAAAGUCACUUCUGAAAGGAACUUUCAAAAGUAGGCAGGUAAAAGUGCGACAAGUGAGAGACAAGCAGAGAAGAGAGAGAUUCAGCUGUGAAGAAAGAAUGUGCUCCCUCCUGGGCAGCGCCUCUGCUCUUCUCUUAACCCCCCUGCUGGCUUUGAUCUUUGGACUUUCCGUCGUUCUAACACAGAACCUGAGAGAGACCGAUGCCCUGUGCAAUUCCAACGGGUGCUUUGUGGUUUAUUUCCAACGCAAGACCUUCCUGGACUCCUGGAGGGCCUGCAAGGAGAAAGAAGGCAACCUAGCCACCAUCAAACGCCAGGAGGAUGCCGACGCUAUCGCUACCCUCUUCUCUGAUGUUGAUCUGCGCUACUCACGCCUCACGGUCCGGGUGUGGAUUGGGCUUCAGCGGCAACCUCGCCAGUGUACCGCUGCGCGCCCGCUCCGGGGUUUCUCAUGGACUACUGGUGACCAGGAUACGCAGUACACCAACUGGCAAAAUGCUGAUUCUUCCAAUACCUGCUCUGUUCCACGCUGUGUGGUUAUGGGUUACAGCACAGUAACUCAUGAACAGAAAGACAAUUUCAAAUGGUUGGAAGGUUCCUGCUCAGUUCCUGUUGAUGGGUAUCUUUGUCAUUAUGCCUACCCAGGAAUGUGUUCUAUGUUGUGGCCCGAAGGCGCAGGCAAUGCCCUCUACAGCACACCGUUUAACCUACAAAGCACAAUUCUAACCCAUGUACCUUAUGGAUCUGUUGCUGCCAUGCCCUGCCCCACAGGCGUCAAGGAUCUACAGACCAUUUUAUGCAUGCUGAAAGACGAUGGCUCAGUGGGAUGGUCAGAUGAAUCUCCCCUCUGUCCCGACUCCCCGUUAGCAACCGACGGGUGUGACCAGAAUAACGGUGGCUGUCAGCAUAUCUGCAGGCCAGCCAGAGACCACUUCUACUGUGAGUGUGCAGAUGGGUUUGAACUCGGAGUUGACGGCCAGAGUUGCGAACUGUCUGAUGUUUGCCAGGAUGCACCGUGUGAAAUGGAGUGUCUGCCUGUCUCAGAUGGGUACCGCUGUGCCUGCCCUCAAGGAUAUAUGCUUGCAACAGAUGAACAUGGUUGUCUGGAUGUAGACGAGUGCCUCCAAAGUCCUUGUGAGCAGCUCUGCGUGAACACACUCGGGAGUUUUCAAUGCCAGUGCAGGCAGGGUUAUCAGCUAGACGAGGACGGCGUAUGUGAGGAUGUUGAUGAAUGUGCUAAGGACCCGUGUGAACACGCCUGUGAGAACAUGCUAGGUUCUUACAUCUGCCACUGCCAUCUGGGUUUUUCACUUGUGCCUGAUGACCCCAGCCGAUGCCAAGACACGGAUGAGUGCCAGAUGCUUGGCACCUGUGAGCAGAUGUGUGUCAACUACGAAGGUGGGUUUGAGUGUUACUGCGGUGAAGGCUAUGAACUCAUGUCAGAUCACUACUCCUGUGAAAAGAUAAAGGAACUAGACAGUAAAGUUGCUGCCACUCCUCCUUUCCUUUGGGUCACCCACCAUCCUGGUCCUGUGUGGGUCCCAGAGGACUCUAUAUAUAACUGGAACCUACAGCAGAGCCAGACUGACUGGCCUCCAGAGUUGGGAGAGCCUCUAGACUGGAUGACAGACCCGCCUAAUGUUGCGGAUCCCAAUGUCAUUUGGGUCACCAGUGCACCUGAUCUCCCUCUUGAUUCAGCAGUAAACAUUCCAACAUCGGCAUUAGAAGAGGAGCGCAUGGACAGAGGAAGAGCUGGGCAGAUUUCAGACUGGCAGGAGUUAGACCCUUCGCCCAGCAUCCUCUCCACCUCUGCUCCGCCCACAACUAGUCUAAGCACUACAUCAUACUGGUAUGAAGAUGACGAAGAGGCCACCACAGAUCAGCCGUUGCUUCCCACCGCUACGAUAUCCGAGGGGGCUUGGAAUUGGUGGGAAAAACUUACAACUACCACACAAAAACCGGGAACGGAAUCCAGUUACCAAAAAGAAACUGAGGAUUAUGUAAGUUUUAGUGAAACUUUACCUUUCCUAGACCACAAGGUGGGGAGGGAGGAAGACCGCUUUGAUGACUUCUCCUCCCCACCUGGUUCCAUCCAAGUUAGUCCUUCAGAGCAACCCCCAACUGAUGGCAUAGAACGAGGUGAUAUUUCUGUGCAAGAAGGCAGAAAUCCGAACCAUGGUACAACAUGGCUCCUGGUUGGCCUUCUAGUGCCCAUCUGUAUUGUCAUUGUGGUGAUGGUGGCACUAGGUAUCAUCUACUGUAGCCGGUGUCCUGUUGAGACACACAGUAAGAACAACACAGACUGUUACCACUGGAUCUCAGGGGCCCAUGACAAACAAGGAUCCCCUAACGCCGCCGCAGGGCUAAAAACCCACGUCUAAAAGUGAAACUUGAUGUAUACACAAACAGACUGUUUUAGAGCAGGACUGAUGAACCUGGUAAGGAACAACCAAAUGGUUUUCUCUGCUUCACUGUGGGAAUUCAGUUUUGAACAUAUUUCGAUAUUACUGCUGAUAUUCGUAAGGGGAUGUGAACGGACACCGAAAACCACUGAACAUUUUUUGUUUUGUUUUUGGGCAGGUGUGGUUGUUUUGGUGAUAAAAUGUGCUUUGCGCACACACUGACCACACACCGUGACAUCCGGCUGAGUAAUGACUGCACGUGUUAUUGUCCGUUAAUAUUUGGGAAUGAUAUUUCAUAGCCGGAGCUAAAUUUGGAAAUCAGUGUCUUGGUGUUGAAUUGACACUUGGAUUGAAACUUGACUGUCGCUCCGCUAUGUCCAAAAAAAUGCUCAGGCUUAAGUAAGUUAAUUGCAAUAGCGCAUCACUGUAGAUUACUGCUACUGUCAGUUGUGGUAAAUGGAUUUGGAUUCGCUCACAUUAGCAGUGGCUGAC